AUGGAAGAUCAACACAUCGGAAGCCUUAUCUCUGUUGAUUGUUUGGAUGGAAGUUUGUAUCAAGGAAAAUUGACAACAGUUGAUGCAAAGACCAAAAAUAUCACCAUUGCUAAUGCGUUUAGGUAAUAUUUGAAUAAUUCUUUUAGUUAUUGGGUAGAAAUUCAUAAUUUCAAGAAAAGUUGAAACAUCAUCGAAUUUUCAUAAAAAGUUUAGUUCUACUCCAAUAAUCUCAAAAUGUUCUCUCCAAAACUCCUAAUUUUUCUGCAGAGAAGGAGUUCCGCUUGGAAAAUGUGUAACUCUAUCGGCCACCCAAAUAUCAUCACUCAAAGUUUUGAAAGCGCCACCAAAUCAACAAGCCACAUCUUCUUCUUCGAUUUCGAAUUCCAACUCAAAUACCAAUACGAUUUCGAGUUCGUCGAACUCCAAACAUUCGAAUAUUGGACAAAAUAAGAAAAGUCCGAAGAAAAGUAAGUUUUUAUGAGAAGACGGGUUUUCAAAAACAAGGUUUUCACUAUUUUUUUUUUGAAAAUUGAGAAGUGAAAAAAGCAUAUCGUGAAGAUCAGCUAUUUUUAAAGUUUAUUCAGGUCAAUUACAUAAAUUCCAUUUUUCAAUUCCAGACGCUAUUGACAAAUUGUUCGAACAAGCUCAAAACACGAAAAAAUUGCCGGAAAAAGUCGACAUCUCAGCCACACCCCUUUUUCAAUCAUUUGAACCACAAGUUCCACAUCCGACUAUUUUGUCGAAAUUGACUGCUGGAUCAAAAAUUAAAGGAUCAGGAGGUGGUUUAUCAAAUGGAAAUAAUGGAAGAAAAAAUUGCGAUCGAAAACAGGUAGAAUUUAUUGAUAGGGGUAAAUGCGGAGCAUCGUUGUUUUUCUUUCAAAAUCUCUGAAAGCCUAUUUGAAAAAUUGUCAUAAGAUCUAGAAAACUUGAAAAAUCCCAAUCUUAUUGUUUCCAUUCUGAAAAUCUUCAGUUUUCAUCUGAAAAAAAAAGGUAUUUUUUGCAGGGACCAUCUGGAAUUCCUCUUCUCGAUGCCCUUAAUUGCUACAAAGGAAUUCGCACAAAAAAUUCGCGACAAAAACAAGAUUUGGGUUCGAUUGAUUUCGAUCCUGAAUCCGAUUUCGAUUUUGCCGAAAAUCUGAAAUUGUUCGAAAAAGGCGACGAAAAUGAUGACGAGUAUUUUGAAAAUGUCGAAAAAUUGAAGUGCUCCAAAAACUUUGCUCAUUAUGAGAAUAUUGUUGAGGACGAAGAUCGUGUGAUUUCGUGGACAAGUGUGAAAAGUUCGAGAAAUACUACUUGGUCGGCGGAUAUUUCACCAAUUAAAGCGGAUCGGUGAGAAUUUUAAAUGGAAAGUUUGGAAAAUGCGAGAAAUUAAAUAUUGAUAAUUUUUAGCUUGAAAUUGUGAACUGAAAAUCUUGAAAGUUCAAAAUUGUAGAACCCGUUUUCUGUUACUACGACACUCCGCAAUUUCCUUUCAUGUUUUGCAGACCAAAAUUCACUCUAAAUUCGAUCAGUUUUGAAAAAUCGAAAAAUGGUCAGCCGAUUCCAGCUGUUUCGAUUCAACAAAAACGUGAUUUUUUGAAAGAAGCAUCGAAUUCGAUGGGCGAAUUGGUUUAUGAAACAAUUACGGCUGAUCGACUUUUUGAAUGGAUUUGUGAUGUUCAAAUGAGGUAUGACGGGUCGAUUUGUUGGGAAAACGAUUCUCUGAUUUUGAAGACUUGACACAAAAAAUCCAUGUAAUCAUUAAAUUUUUGCAGAUUUGGUGAUGAAAAAGGCACAAUUGUCUUGAUCGCCUCUGCGAAAAAUUCGGUCAAAUUUAUCCGUAGAAUUUUGACGCAUUUGGAUAAGAGAAGGUAUGAUAAUUAUUGUUUUUCUUUCGCUGAAAAUCUCAAUUUUUGCUUGCAGAUUCGAUUGUCAUUUAUUUGGAAAAUAUCCUGGGGAAGAGUUUGAACAUGUUAAUGUUGUAGAUAAUAUUAAGGAGUUGCCUGAAUCACCAGUAAGUUUGAAUUUUGAAGAAAAAAAGAUUGAGAAGUGAUAAUUUUGUUUGCAGAUAAUCUGCCUUCUCUCAUCUGAAAUCAAUGAAGAUGUCGAAACAUGGCUUCGUUUCCGAUCUUCCACUUCAACUCAUUUCAUCUCAAUCGAAUCAAUUCCUCAACCACUUCCACCAAAUCGAGUUCAUCUUUUGAUGUAUGGCUGCGCAACUUCUGGACUCAGACAUGUUCAACAAAAAUUGGCGACCGGUCGCACUUGUUUUGAACAACUUUGCGGAGCGGCUCCGAGUAUUGUUGCUGUUGGUAAGGAUGUUUUUUUUGAAGGAGGGAAUGAAAAUUGAUGGUUCUUCUACGAAAAUGUUCGGUGAAAUUUGAAAAAUUCGACUGGAAAAUCAGAUGGGUGCCUAGAAUUCCAAACAGUAUUUCACGGUCAAGAAAACCAAAUUUUCAGACUCGGCCAUUGCCGAUUUGGGAACUCCAACCAAUUGGUUCGACGAAAUGUCCAAAGAAUUUAUCUCUGCCGCAUUUUCCACCUCAUUUUUGAUCAAUUUGUCGUCAAACUAG